CAUCAAGUCUUGAGAUCCUCUAGAAAUCGGCUCUGUGUGAACGCUAUAGCGCUACUAAUGUCUGGGUAUCAACCGCCUCUUGGCCCUCCACCGGAAAAGUCAGGACAUCGCCUAUUCCCAUCGGAGUCGCAGUAUGAGCCACCACCUGGCCCUCCUCCGGGACAUUUCCCUACUACGGAGCAUCGGCCACCUUUAGGUCCUCCUCCAAGUCAUGCCAGCUCCUCAAAUGAUGCCCCACCACCUUAUCACGACUGGACUGUCAUCCCGGACACAGCACUACUUCCACCCCCUCCCAGCGUGUCUCAUGACUUUUCGACCGGAGCGAACGCCACAAGAGAUGAGGCCGAUCAAGCAAAGAAAUGGUGUUAUUUCAAUCCGUUAUGGCAAGCCCGUCCGCUAUCCAAUGAACAGCUGAAUGCUGUACAUGCUCAAGCCCAAACGUUGGUCAAGCCACCAAACUUCACAGGCGAGAUACGUCAAGAUCGUACGGGUGCAUGGUUAUGUCAGACAAGAUCUCACACUAGAGAUUCGCUUCUUCAAACUGCUUUGCCUGUUUACUCUGCGCUGGCAGACUCACCCCUCGUCACAGAACAAAGAAAGACCAUCUACUUUGAAGUAAAGAUCAUGCAUUUUGGAGACCAAGCGCCGAAGUCAAAGAUGAGCAUGUUUGCACGGAAUCGACGUGAAGAAGAUGAAGUAGAUGCCGGACUGGCGAUUGGCUACUUCGCUCCGCCGUAUCCUUCAUUUCGACUUCCAGGCUGGCAGCGUGGCUCACUUGGGGUACAUAGCGACGAUGGCCGCAGAUACGUGAAUGAUACUCACGGCGGCAUAGACUUUACCUCGCCGUUCAAAGCAGGUCAGACUGUGGGACUUGGAAUGACGUUCAGCAUCCCAGACAAGCCGCCCGCAUACGGCUGUCAGAGCGUAAAGCUAGAGGUUGAAGUAUUUUUCACUCGGGACGGGAGGAAGGAAGGGAGUUGGAACUUGCACGAAGAGCGGGAUGAGAAAGACGAUCCACAUGGGGUCGAGGGACUUGAAGGACAGCACGACAUAUUCCCUGCCGUUGGUGUAUUUGGAGCGGUCGGCUGGGAAGUCCGGUUUCGAGAGCGGGAAUGGCUGUACAGACCCCCACGAUAAUCCAACGGCGUCUCAGCAAUACUAGGUCAGUUAAAGAUGGAAUCAGAACAUGGUGCACAUCGGUUGUUUCCUAGAUCAAUUCAUUGCAUUCAGACAAAA